AAAAGAUGACCACUGCCUUGGAAAAUAAUAACAAAUUAAAAAAUUAUAUUUUGGCACCGGAGUUAUCUAUCCACGAUCCGUUACCAGAUAUAAUUCCACGCAAAUAUAAUGAAGAGAAACUGUUGCAUUUGCCCCGGGGCCCGGCAUGUACAAAACUUGUACCGAAACGGGACUUCAUUACCGGAAAGAUUUUGUCAUUUGUUGAAGUUGAUCUGGAAGAUGUAGGUGCCAAUGCGAAAAAUUCUCUGUCCAUGAGACGUGAACCAGGUAAAUUGGAAGAAGUUACCCGUGGUUCGGCAAUGAAUUAUCCCUUUUGGCCAGGUGGUUUUGAUGAGCCACCCAAGGAGAUAAAAUCUCUCGAAAUAGAAGGUUUCGAAAUUGAAGGAGAGCUACUGACCACACCACCGGGCUUUAAAGCUGGCUAUGAUUUUUCCAAACAUGAACAAUUCAAGAAUAAUAUUUUGCAAUCAUACAAAGCCAAGGAAAUGGAGAAUGUGAAUCUGCUGAGAAAUCUGGAAGAUGAUUUAGAUGUUCAGGAAUGGUUAAAGAUUACCCAAGAGGAAAACAAAUCAGAAGAGGAAAGGAGUGACACAAAUAUGCGAUCGGAAUUUAAAGAUGUGGAUGAUGAUAUUAUGGCUACUGAGUUGAAACCGGUUUUGGAAAUAUCCGCCACCAAGGAUACCACAUUGCAAACAGAAUGGGCGGAAAUGUUGGACAUUUCCCAACCGAUAACAGACUUUAAGGAGAAGAUACCCUGCCCCGCCAUGGCAUUUCCCUUCGAGUUGGAUACAUUUCAAAAACAAGCCAUACUCAAAUUGGAAGAACGUCAAUAUGUUUUUGUGGCUGCCCACACAUCGGCUGGUAAGACGGUAGUAGCAGAGUAUGCCAUUGCAUUGUCACAACGGGAUUUGACACGAACCAUUUAUACUUCACCCAUUAAGGCGCUGUCUAAUCAAAAAUAUCGUGACUUCAAGAAGACAUUCAAAGAUGUGGGUCUCAUAACCGGUGAUCUGCAAAUCGAUCCAACGGCUACCUGUUUAAUUAUGACCACGGAGAUUUUACGAUCAAUGUUGUAUUGUGGCAGUGACAUUACUCGUGAUUUGGAAUAUGUCAUUUUCGAUGAGGUCCACUAUAUAAACAAUCCCGAACGUGGACAUGUAUGGGAAGAAGUUAUUAUACUCUUGCCGGAUCAUGUUAACAUUAUUAUGUUGUCUGCCACUGUGCCGAACACCAUGGAACUGGCCGAUUGGGUGGGUAGCACGAAGAAACGUAAAGUCUAUGUUAUUAGUACGCUGAAAAGGCCAGUUCCAUUGAUGCAUUAUCUUUACACGGGUUCGGGCGGUAAGACCAAAGACGAUCGAUUUUUACUGGUCGACGAUCAGGGUCGCUUUUUGCAAGAAAACUAUGAAAAGGCUGUGGAAAAGAAAAAGGCCGCACAAAGUAAAUCGAAACAAAUGUCCGGUGGUACAGGACCCAAACAUCAGACCACAACACCUAAGCAAGAUCAAAAUACAUGGAUUGGAUUGAUAGACUUUUUAAAGCGCAACGAUCUCAUGCCGGUUGUGGCAUUUACAUUGUCGCGUAAUCGUUGUGAUAUGAAUGCUCAGGCCUUAAACUCCAUAGACUUGAAUACAGCCCGUGAGAAGGGCUCCGUUGAAAUAUUCUUCCAUCAAUGUUUGUCCAAAUUGAAGCCACCAGAUCGUGAAUUGCCCCAGGUUUUGCAAAUGAAAGAUUCUCUGGGCCGUGGCAUUGGUGUACAUCACAGCGGUAUUUUGCCCAUCCUUAAGGAGAUUGUUGAAAUGUUAUUCCAAGCUGGUCUUGUCAAGUUACUUUUUGCAACUGAGACAUUUGCCAUGGGUGUUAAUAUGCCGGCCCGGACUGUUGUAUUCGAUUCACAUCGUAAAUUCGAUGGCAUGGAAGUGAGAAAUCUCAAACCGGGUGAAUACAUACAAAUGGCAGGGAGGGCAGGCAGAAGAGGACACGAUAAAAAUGGCUGUGUCAUCCUAAUGUGUAAGGCUAAUGUUCCACCGGCUCAAGAUUUGCGUGCCAUGAUUUUGGGCAAGCCCGAAAAGUUGGAGUCGCAGUUUAUUCUACGGUAUGCGGUAAUCCUGACUUGCCUGCGUAUUGAAAGUAUUAAAGUGGAGGAUAUUAUGAAGUUCACAUUUAAAGAGUUCAAUCAAAAAUUACAAUUGCCGGCCCAGCAAAAACAAUUGGAAGUUGCCCAAAGUAAAUUUUCACAAAUGCCCGAAUUGGGUGAACAUUUACAGCCAUUGUGUAAAUUUUAUGAUUUGGCCACGGAAUACAUCAGUGAAAAGCAACGUUUAAUGAGAUUUUUAUUGGCUCAACCUAAAAUUAUUAAAGAACUCAAAACGGGACGUGUGGUAUUGGUAUGCAAAGGCAAACAUUAUAAUAAACUUGGUGUUCUAUUAUCCAUUAAGGCUGUCCAGGGUAAGGAUACAGUUUAUAGAGUUUUGGUGCUUGAUCAUCAAUUUAAGAAUAAUGAAAAGGAUGAUUUCUAUAGAGGAGAAAUCUAUUAUAAAAUGAUUGCCUUGACACCCCAGUUUAAACACUAUCACCCCGAGGGCAUUGGUGGCCAUACCAUAUUGGACUUAAAUGCCGCUGAUUUUGUGGAAAUAACUAAAACCAAUUUGAAAAUUGAUGCCGAUGUAAUCAUACGCAAUUGGGAGCAAAGACAAAUUGAACGUUUCCGAGAUUCUCCACCAGGAGCUUCAGUUGUUAAACUCGUUUCCGAACUACAUCAAUUAAAUGAAAGUUAUAUACAAAACAGCGAUUCAAUUAAAUUCAUUAAUAUGUCGAAAGAGAUCAAUGUUAAUGCUGAUACCGAAAUGGCCCAAAUUCGUUAUUUAGAACAUUUGGCAAAACAAUUGCAGGAUGUGUUGCCACACACAAAUAUCGCCGGAUUUGAACAGGAAUUUGUCAUUGUUUAUGAACGUAAAAUGCUGGAACAUCGUAUUGAAGAAUUGAAAUUUAAAAAUUCAACUAAAAAUCUGUCGCUAUAUCCGGAUUAUUGUAAUAAACUGGAGGUGUUGAGAGCAUUGAAAUAUAUUGAUGAGUUAGAUGAAGUAACAUUGAAAGGAAAGGUGGCCUGUGAAAUGGGUCAAAAUGAGUUGUUAAUAACCGAGCUAAUUCUUUGCAAUAUGUUCAAUAAUUUAGAACCGGCUGAAAUUGCUGCCUUACUAUCGGGUUUGGUAUUUCAAGCCAAAAUCCAAGGUGAACCAGUUAUACCGGAAAAGCUUAAAAAGUGUGUCAAAGAGUUUGAAGAAAUCAAUGAUAAUAUAUUAGCUGUCGAAUUGAGACAUCAUGCUGUUGUUCAAACGGAGGAACGUUUGAAUUUCGGUCUGUUAGAAGUUGUCUAUGAAUGGGCCCGCAAUAAGCCAUUUGCCGAAAUCAUGAAAUUAACUGAAGUUCAAGAGGGUAUCAUUGUCCGUUGUAUUCAACAAUUGGAUGAGACAAUUCGUGAUGUUAAAACAGCCGCAAUACGUAUUGGUAAUCCAGCAUUGCAAAGCAAAAUGGAGGAAGCAUCGAAUGCAAUUAAACGUGAUAUAGUCUUUACAGCAAGUUUAUAUACAACGUUUUAA